AUGGACGAGAAACCUGUUGCAGCGCUUAUACAGCAGAUAUCCAAGCCUGAUGUCGACGCGAAGAUCGACGCGGUGAGUAAGCUCCAGGCAGAGUUCGAGAAGGGUUCGGAGGUACCGGACACGGACGCGGCCAUUCAAGCGCUGAAAGCCUGUCUACGGAUAUCGAAUCAGCACCUGCAGACGGCCACGCUCUCCGCCCUCCCCGCGUUCUUACCGCUCAUACUUGGCCAUGGAUCCUCCCGCGCGGGGCCCAGCUCUCACGACAUUGGUUCCACGUCCUCCGCGGGCUCGACGUCGGUAGACCUGUACACGAUCCGCCAAGUCCUCAACGCGUUCCUACCGCAAGGCGGCGUUCUGGACCGCCUCGGCGACGCCCGCGAACGCCCACGCGAGAAGGCCCGCGAAUCAUUCGUCCUCAUUGGCGGUUACGCGUUUCGGGCGGGAGGCAGUUCGGCUCUCGCUCGGUCGGGAGGCGGGAAGAACGCAGAGACGCCGUUGCAGGCGUUCGAGAGGUUCUUGAGGGAGAGCGGCCUGUCAAGCAAGAAUCCGAGGGUCAGGGAGCAGAGCGUGCUGGCCCUUGUAGAAAUCAGGAGGGCACACCACAUGUUUCCGCUCAGGCCAUAUCUGCAGUUGCUCGUCGGCACGCUGGAGGAUGGAGACGCGACCGUACGCGAGACGGCGAGAAAUGCAGUGGUCGAGCUGUUUACCGGUCCCGGUGUGACCGAUGCGGCGCGGUCAGACCUGAAGAGCCAGAUGACGAAGAAGGGUGUACGCAAGGGAACGGUCGAUACAGUGCUCGAACGCAUAUUCUCAAAGAACGCCGCCGCUUCGCUCAAUACGCCGCCCGCAAGCGAGGAUGGACACGCGACGAAGGAAUACAUCCCUCCAAGCCAGAUGCUUCGCGAGCGCAGACCCACCGCUGGUUCGGACACUGCUCCGUCUACCAAUGGAUCGCGUGUGGCGAGCUCGGCCAGUAUACCAACAUUACCGCGGCCUGCAAGUCGAGCACGCGCGCUCAGCCCUCCUCCGAACUCUAUACCCCCAACACCUACGGCCGAGUCCUCGGCUGAGGUUUCACCUGUCUACAUUGCGUCCAGUCGGGAUUUGGAAGGAGAGCUCGGAACCAUGUUUAAGUCAUUCGAGGGUAAAGAGACUGAACACAAUUGGGCGUCUCGAGAUCGCGCGAUCACUCGUAUUCGAGGUAUGCUCAAGGCAGAAGUGCAUGAACAGUAUCCGAAUGUCUUCCUCGGUCAUCUCAAGCCCAUCAUCGAAGCGUCACUGAAGACACUCGCUAGUCUGCGGACAACAGUCGUAACCAACACCACCAACAUGUACAACGAGCUCGCCACUACCCUGCAGUCCGAUUUGGACCCUGUCGUCGAGACGAUGCUUGUCGCUCUAUUGAAGAUGGCCGGUUUCACGAAGAAGAUUACCGCCCAGUCCUCCCAAGCGACUGUCACCACACUCUUGACAUAUACCACUCCCUCACCUCGCAUCGUCAUCAAUGCACUUCACAAUGGUCUGCAAGAUAAGACGCCUCAGGCCCGUGGCUACAUCGCCGACCAUCUGGCGAAAUAUCUCGAUCUGCAUGGCGGUCGUAUCAAACCGUCCGUGGAGUCCGGUGGCUUGAUAGAUCUACUCGAUCGUACACUGCGCAAGGCCGUAGCGGAUUCGAACCCUGCAGCCCGCCAGGCAGGCCGCAUUGCAUACUGGGCAUUUGAGAGUAUCUGGCCGGAACGCGCACUGGCAAUCCUGAACGCACAGGACGCGGCCAAUCGCAAAGCCAUCGAGAAGGCGAACCCUCACCCGGACUCGAGCACGGCCCCUGCAACCUCUACUGCCGCCCCGAAGAAGAGCUCUAUCGCGGCAGCGAUAGCAGCUAGCCGUGCGAAGGCAAAGGCCAUCGCAAAUGCGCCUCCGACUCUACGACACCAGGCUACGAGCGCGGCGCGGACCAUCAGUCCGCCCAAACGCUCCAUGUCUCCCUCAUUUUCGACCGGUAGUGUGGGGUCAGCAUCCGGUUCCCCGCCCCUAUCACCCCGUUCGCGGAUUGUGUCGUCCUCUGGGAAGGGCACAGUCCGCCCGGCACCUGCUCCCCGGAUGUCACAUUCACGCACAUCGUCCUCGGACUCUAUGCCCUCGACGUCCAACUAUCCUCGCCCAGCGUCGCCUAUGGUCGUCGUGCCCGCCUCGCCUCCCCGCGGUACACUUCGACGCGCGAUGCAGACUGCCCUACCGGGUUCGCCGCCGGCUACGAUGGUCGUUACACCCCCUUCACCCGCCGCUUCCUCCAGACGCUACGUCCCACCAUCAACCGCAGCGCAAGACCGAAUGUCGAUGGCCAUGCCUAUCCUCGAUCCCAACGAGGAGAGUCUGUUGACAGCCGUGGCCAUCCCUUUGCCGGACGAUGACUCGGACAACUCCGAUAUGGAUGUGGACGAUGAGCCUGGGCACGGACAGCCGCUGAGUUUCUCGGCUCUGGACGAGAGAUACGGUCCGCCGUCGCCUAGUCCUGCUGGACGAGCUAGUCUGUCGAGGGAUAACUCAUCGCCUUCGGGUAGAGCGAGUCUCUCCAGGGGCAACUCUUCGCCAUCGCACUCCACCGGGUUCUCGCCCAAGGAAAUGUCCAAUACGCUCUCGACGGGUACGGCGGGGAGCGUGGGAAGUCCGCCUGCGGGUGCACCCCAGCCUUUGGUCGAAGACGCUCUCCGCGCACGGGCGGAGCGCGCGCAGAGUGCCGCGGAUAGACUGCUCGAGCUCGUCGACCCUCCACCGCCGUAUCUCCCUUCGCCGCCUUCCUCACAAACCGCGCAUCCAGCGCUGCAGAGCAAUGCUGCCCGCAUGCCCGGCACACCUGUGCGCCACGCGCCUCGGCCGUCGAACGAGAUGCCGGUGACGCCAGUGAAUAGAGUUUGGAAGCAGGCUGCGGCAUUUCAGGACAGCCCUGCUGGUGGGGCACCGGCGCCAAGUCUGAUGACAGACGUCUUCAGGCCGAGUGCGGGUGCGGGGGAUAGUACCUGGUGGAGGAAACGUAUGAACCUGUACAACCGUCGUUCAUCAGCGCCGCCAGCGGAUCCGUCUCAAUUGCCUGGUUUCAUUGAGGCUCUCGAGCAUGGAACAGCCGACGCCGCACUUCUCAAGCAAGCCGCAUUGUUCUGCAUCGCGCACCCUGCCACUGGCGGUCCUCUAAGCCCCGUCAGUACAGGCUUCCCCGGCAGCCCCUCGCCGUUCUCCUCUUCGCGCCCUGGUGCAGGAAGAGGUACGAGCGACGUCUGGACGGACGAAAAGGUGUUCUCGAGGUUCUUCGGCGCGCUGAAGAGGUUCUUGACGCCGGAGAGGGACGAGGAGUUGCUGCAGUUGGGCUUGAUCGUGCUGUGGGAGAUGAUGGAGCAUUUGCCGGUGUUGAUGGAGGACAGGGAGAGCGAUGUGUUCGCGAUCCUGUUCACUGUGCGGUACUCGGACAAGCAAUCCGUCCUUGGUUCGACAAACGUCAUCCGCGACGCGCUGUGCCAGCGCGUAGACCCGAUCUACGGCCUUACGACGAUGCAUGCGAGCCUGCUCGUAUUCCUCUCUGAUGCCCCUCCGCCGUCAUCCUCAGCAGAGGCUAAGAUGACGACGUAUGCUUUCGGCAUGAUCGCGCUCGGCAAGUUUAUCUUGAGGUUGCCGGACGAGAUCUUGGAGGAAGAGUUGCCGAGGCUGAAGGGGACGUUGAUAUCCGCUCUGAACGAGACCGACUGGCUCGUUGUACGCGAAGCGGCCGCGUCCGCCAUCAUCGCUGCGCAGCUCGUGCUGCAUGACGAGACGCACCUCUUCGCACUACUCGACGGGCUCGCGGACGACAAGAAGAACUUGCUGACGUACCUCUUCGAGAAGCACAGUGCUAGAGCCACAAUUGGGCCCGCGUCGACGGGCGCGGAGAAGCUAGAGAAGGAGAUGAGGAGGUUGGAUGGGCGGACGAGUACGCCGCCGAGGGCGUCGCUCGGCGGGCGAUAG